UGGGAUAGAAUUCCAGAAAAUGGAAAUUAUAGGUUAAAAGGCGAAGCUCUAAUUAGAUGUCACCAAAUCCCUUGCCAAAAAGAUGUCUCAUUUUAUACUGCCCCCAGCAACAGGGCAGGGAGGGGCAUUAAUCUGUUUUCUCUUAAGGGGUUGAGGUCGUUUCCAUUAAUGUGUUUGUUGGCCUGUUUCCCCAGGUGAAAAAAGCUGCAGCCGACUUGUGUGGGACUCCCCUGGCUGUUCUGGCCCGAGCCCCUACCACUCCCUCUCCUUGGCAGCCUGUGAUCUGGGCCUCACCUAGGCAGUCUGAGUAGGAACAAGCCAUUUCAUCCAUCACAGCCAUGAAUUUCCUCCGGCGGCGCCUCUCCGACAGCAGCUUUGUGGCCAACCUGCCUAACGGCUACAUGACAGACCUGCAGCGCCCAGACAGCUCCACCAGCUCUCCUGCCUCCCCGGCCAUGGAGAGGAGGCACCCCCAGCCCCUGGCAGCCUCCUUUUCCUCUCCAGGAUCCAGCCUCUUUAGCUCUUUCUCCAGUGCCAUGAAGCAGACCUCGCAGGCCCCGUCCGGACUGAUGGAGCCUCCGGGUCUCUCUGUGCCUGUUGUUCAAAGGCCCAGGGUCCUGUUGGUGAUCGAUGAUGCCCACACAGACUGGGCCAAGUAUUUCCAUGGAAAGAAGGUGAAUGGAGAGAUUGAGAUCCGAGUGGAACAGGCUGAAUUCUCAGAGUUGAACCUAGCCGCCUAUGUUACUGGAGGCUGUAUGGUGGACAUGCAAGUCGUGAGAAAUGGGACCAAGGUUGUGAGAUCCUUCAAGCCGGACUUCAUCCUUGUGCGCCAGCAUGCCUACAGCAUGGCCCUGGGUGAAGACUACCGCAGCCUGGUUAUCGGCCUCCAGUACGGAGGGUUGCCCGCCAUCAACUCCCUCUACUCCAUCUACAACUUUUGCAGCAAGCCCUGGGUGUUCUCUCAGCUCAUUAAGAUCUUCCAUUCUCUGGGUCCUGAGAAGUUCCCGCUUGUGGAGCAAACGUUUUUCCCCAACCAUAAGCCAAUGCUCACAGCCCCACACUUCCCUGUGGUGGUCAAGCUGGGACACGCCCACGCCGGAAUGGGAAAGAUCAAAGUAGAAAACCAGCAUGACUACCAGGACAUCACAAGCAUGGUGGCUAUGGCCAAAACCUAUGCUACCACCGAGGCCUUCAUCGACUCCAAGUACGACAUUCGCAUCCAGAAAAUUGGAUCCAACUACAAGGCAUACAUGAGAACCUCCAUCUCUGGAAACUGGAAGGCCAACACAGGCUCUGCCAUGCUGGAGCAGGUGGCCAUGACAGAGAGGUAUAGGCUAUGGGUGGACAGCUGCUCAGAGAUGUUUGGUGGCCUGGACAUCUGUGCUGUCAAGGCCGUCCACAGCAAAGAUGGAAGAGAUUACAUCAUUGAGGUUAUGGACAGCUCAAUGCCCCUGAUUGGAGAGCACGUGGAAGAGGACAAACAGCUGAUGGCCGACCUAGUUGUCUCCAAAAUGAGCCAACUCCUGAUGCCAGGGGGAACAGUGCCCUCGCCCCUGAGACCUUGGGCUCCUCAGACUAAACCAGCAAAAUCCCCCGGGCAAGCCCAGCUGGGGCCUCCGCUGGGACAGUCCCAGCCACGCCCACCCACGCAAGGGGGCCCUCGUCAUGCUCAGUCUCCUCAGCCCCCAAGAUCUGGAAGUCCCUCCCAACAGAGGCUCUCCCCACAAGGCCAGCAGCCCCUGAGCCCCUCAUCUGGAUCUCCACAGCAGCAGAGAUCACCAGGCUCUCCACAGCUAUCCCGGGCAUCUGGAGGCAGCUCUCCAAACCAGGCCUCCAAGCCGGGCACCACCCUUACCUCACAGCCCCGGCCACCUGUGCAGGGCCGCAGCACUUCCCAACAAAGUGAAGAGUCCAAGAAGCCAGCACCACCCCACCCCCAUCUCAACAAAUCCCAGUCCCUGACUAACAGCCUCAGCACAUCUGACACCUCCCAGCGUGGGACCCCAAGUGAAGACGAGGCCAAGGCUGAAACCAUCCGCAACCUGAGGAAGUCUUUCGCCAGCCUGUUCUCUGACUAAUCCUGCCCAGGCUGGGAAGGGAGUGCUCUGUUACCCUCCCCACCUCUCCUGCACCAUCUUCCAUCUCAGCCUUGGUUCCUGAUGGGAACAGAAUGGAGGGCCUGAGAACAUACUUUCUAAAUGCCUUUGAUCCAGGAACUUUCCCACUUCCCUUUGCCAUGACAUUCCAGCAGUGUCUGACUGAGUGGUGGGCCUCAAAGUGGGCAUCACGUCAACCUGCCCCCAGAUGCUUGCUUCCCUGCCUCAGAUAACCAAGUGAGAUGCCUGUGUGUGGCUAGUUCUGACAUUUCUUGUUAGUGUUUUGCUUGCCUUUGGGAAAGGCCCCCUCUGAGCCUUACCCCACCUCCAUCAAAUGCAGACACUGUAGUAGGACCUCAGCAAUGCAGGAGGCAAUAACCUUCUGACAGUGUUUUGCAAACAAGAGGAGAAAAGCCCAUCCAGUGAAACCUACCGCCUACCCUUGCUAGUAACAUCCAGGCUCAAGAGACAGCCCUGCAGACCACGCAGGCAGUGGCCCCGUCACACCCGCCACCGGUGGAUCUUGAGGACCAUGGAAAGAAUCCAGAUCCUGUGUGACACGCGGGUCCUUUCAGAACACAACAGAAACAGAGGGGAGACUUUGCAGUGCUGCUCACACCCAGAGCGCUCUCCUAAAUUGGACAGCCAAGAGCAGACCCCAGGUUCUUUUAGGAAUCAUUACUAGUCCCCAGAGGAGGAAGAUGCCUUCAACUUCCCAAGGAAGGAGUUAGGUUAGGGCUCCUCCACCCAUUCCGUGUUAAACCGCCAUGUGGUCUCUCUGAAUUCUCACCAGGAAUGCAGUUUCCUCCUCAAGGAUAUAUGAGAAACCAGAGACAAGGAGAUUGAUGACACAGGAUCAGAAAGUGCAGUGAUAGUAACUUCCAGCUCGGCUCUUCUCAGACUGUGUACAGCAAGGCAUUGAUAGGUUACUCAGUUAUAAAAGGGUGCCCUGGUCAAAUGUGUUUAGGAAACACUGUUUAUAUUUAAUUUUUUUAGAUUGAUAGUGCAUGUCAAAGGCUCUUAGAAAUUUCACAGUAAAGAAAUUAGCUUUAAUUUUGUUUAACUCACACUUAUUUGACCAACUUAACUGCAGAACUGGAAAACAUAGCCCUGAGUCCCUUUCCAAUGCUCUUUCCCCAACAUUAGACUCCUCUCAUGAUCAGAUGGGGUGCAGGGGUGUCCCAAAUCACCAAGCACCUGGUGCUAGAAACAUUGUAGGUGCCAGAACCAGCCUCCUGUUUCCAGAAAGAGCACGGGUUGUUAGAACAUAGCCAUGCUAGCCCCUUAUAGCCCACUGUGCAACUUGAGACAUGUCUUCCCCUCACUGUUCACAGGGAAAGGAGAAAAGGGGGUAACAAUGAAAGUGUCCCUGGCCUGGAGCUAUAUUCUGAAUAAAAGAGUGAAGAAAACUUGUAGGGCAGGGUAUAACACCAUGAAGCCAGACAUUUUAGGAAAUGAAGAACACGGAAAAAUACGUGAGGCAAUCGUCACUCCUCUACACUGGAAAUUAAGAUUGGAAGAAGAAAUCAAACUGUCUCUCCCAAUUCUCAGUAACAAAAUACAGCCCCAGAACACACAACGAAGUGGUGAUAAGCUAGACAAGCAGCCCCGGGCUGAGCGGUGUGAGAAGGCUGCUGCAUGAGAAGCAGUCCUGGUGUGGAAGCAUUACAGCCAGGGCUCCCUCCUUUGGUGAGCAAAACUAGUGGCUCCGUAAACAAUGAUUACAUGGCUUCAAUUUUCCUACUUUCCUAUAUUCUGUCCCUUGUCCCUAAAAACAUCCCAGCAUUCAAGCCGUAUUUCCCAGAUAUUCCAGUACAAUAGCGCAAACUCCUACAUCAGGCCAGGAGGCAUCCUGGCUUUUAUAACCAUGCACAGACGAUCCAUGACAUAAGACAAGUUGACAACGAACACACUGAGAUGCAUUUUCCCAUUGGUCUGUGUGUGAAUGUAAAGACCAAGAAUGGUCUUUUGGAGACCGUUAACCCCCCCAAAUGGACUGUUUUCUCACAUAGGCUAGUACAUAUUCCCUCCAGGUAUUUAACCCAUUCAUAAUUGUGACGUUUUUCAAUGGGAAAGAACAAAAAGAAGAGGGGAGGGGAGUCACUCUGUAGAGAUUCUGAAAGGUUGUUUAUUUUUUGCUUUGUUUCACAAUUUUGACCCAUAAAAAUGCUAGCAUUUUCCCUCCAAGCUGACUUAACAACAAAGAUCCACUUGGUUUAUGCUAACAUGUAGUUCAAUGAACGGAAUUUAAAACUCAACCUCUGUGAACACCUCUACCAGGGAAAAUAUCUUCUUACAGCUCUUCUUCCUAUCAGCAUGAUAAAAGGGUACUGUAAUUUAAUGUAAAAUCAGCUUUCAAGGGACACUGGAAUAUACAUAUCCUUUCUCUUUCAUCAAUCCUCUGUGUUCUCUUCAUCAUUACCACACUGCCUCCUAGUUCAGUCCCUGCUGAUGGGGCAGUUAGCUUUACUUUUCCAAAAUUUCAGGGGUAAUGGGCCUUCACUCCCAUGGUAACAAAUACAGUAGCAAAUCCCAUGAGCCUGGACAUUAACCAUCUUCUGGAAGUUUUCAUCUGAAUUUGCUGUGAAAGGAGCUGGAGGGGAAAGCAAGCAGGUGCAGGCACCUUGUAAACAAGCUAUGUGGACACAGCACAGUGCACGUUGCUUGGCACACAGUAAGUGUGCAUGGUGUGCAUUAGGUUGGCCCUCCUAGAAACCUAUGAUAUUAACAAAAUGUAAACAAAGCGUUGAGUCAAGGCUAAGAGUAUCAACGUGAGGAAGUCACUUGCCCAGGAACAGAAUCAAUAGAAUCAAAUCAACAGAGAGAUUAAUAAAAUGAGAUAAGAAGCUGA